AUUGAUCGUUUUUUAAUACUCGUUCUUCCUUCGGUUUUCAUUAUUUCACUUCCCAGUUGGACCACAAAGGUCCGGAGACAUUGACCUUAAAGUAAAUCAUUUAAUGUGAUGCUAAGCUAACAAGCGAGCGCCAACAGGAUGAAACUAUGCAAUAAUGGACAACAAAACAAUACAAUUGAUAUCAAUUUCAUAUUGUGUUUGGUGGUUAUAGUGGUCAAACAUUCCUGUGCUUCAAGGCUGUUAAAGUGAUCUAGCUGCAAAAUACUAUGCAUUGCAAAUUCUAGAGCACACAGAGGCAGAACAGACAAUGGAGCAUGCUACUGCGGCAGAGAACCCACAUGCAGAAUUCGGCUUGACAGACAACAUACAGAGGACACUGGAGCAGGAGAAGACGGCGAACAGUGAAAAGAUGUCCAAGCACAAGGUGGACCUGCAGGCACUGCCCACCCGGGCUUACCUGGACCAGACCGUGGUCCCCAUCCUGCUGCAAGGCUUAUCUGUGCUCGCCAAGGAGAGGCCAACAAACCCCAUCGAGUAUCUGGCUGCGUUUCUUCUCAAGAACAAAUCCCAGUUUGAUGAGCGAAAUUAAAGCAUUCUCCAUGUUAGACGUUUCUCAAAUAAAAUCACUCAUACAUUCAA